ACAAAGAUUUUAUUAAUUGAGUCUUUGUCUCACUAAACAGAUCUUCCUAUGCUCCCUGCAUCGCUACCAGGAAUUUGUGGCGGCACGAUGACUUUGACCGAUUCUAGAUCUUCCAUUAGCUUCUCUUCUCUUAUCUACGACAACGGCGAAUCGUCCGCAUCAUCGUUUGCAGCUGAAUGCACCAUGCACAUUAACAGUCAGUCGGGUCAGGAUGUCCAGGCAGUUCUGGAUGAUAUCCAAUUAAUCAAUGAGUACGUACGAAUCUACGACCAUCCUUCAUCAAGCGAUACAGAGUUCUUGGUGACUACCUUAUACAGCACUGAACAGGCAAGGGCAACUGUGUUUUCAUCACAAGGCGGGCUGACCCUUGUGUAUUCUGCAAAUCAACUAACAUCGCAUGGUCGAGGGUUCCGGGCUGAAGUCAGUAUCUUGGAUGGUAUUCCAUAUGAAAGUGAUGGACUCUGCGGGGGCGUUAUCUCUCUCUCGGAUUCUACACCAAACCAUACCUUCACCACUCCCCUUUACAACAAUCCAUCAAUGGACAACGUUGAAAUCGACUUCACUCUCCACAUCCUAUCCCCCGAAGGAAAGCAGGUGCAACUGAUGUUCCUUGAUAUUUCAACAACCACGAGUGAGACUAUUUCAGUCUAUGAUUACCCACAAUCCUCUUCGCAGCGUUUUACCUAUAUCUCCGGAUCGGUCAAUGUCGAGGUGACAGUCUAUUCAUCCGCUAAUGGACUGACUGUCAUCUAUCUGGAUAGCUCUUAUAAAUACAACGGCCGUGGUUUCAAAGCAGUUGCUAGCGUCAUUGCAGAUGUGUCACCAUGGACUUUUCCGAGUUUUGCUGGUGGAACUAUCGAUUUAUUUGAAUCAAGACCGAAUGCGACCUUCUACACUCCUUUCUACUUCCCAUCGUCGAAUAAUGACGUGACCCUUGAUAUUCUAUUCCACAUCUUGUCUCCGGCGGGUAGCCAAGUCCUACUUUCCUUUAUUGAUAUUGCUACAACCUCGAACGAGAAGAUUUCUGUCUACGACCAUCCGUUUUCCAUGUCUACAGAGUAUAGGGUAGCUCACAUCUACGGCCUACUCGACACAGGUGCCGCUUUUUUCUCAACGCAAGGUGGUUUUACAGUAGUGUACGAUGACAGCAGUAGCUCAAGCAAUGGUCCAGGAUUCCGUGCCGUAGCGAGAAUAUUAGAUAUCGUUCCUUCCGGUCAGUCAGCACUUUGUGGUGGAACUGUAGUGCUUGACCAAACAACACCUAAACUCAAUUUCUCGUCACCCCUGUAUGAUAGUCCAUCCUUUGUAGAUGUCCACGUCGACUGUAGAAUUCAUAUUACAAGCCCUGAAGGGAAGCAGGUACGACUUAACUUUAUUUACAUCUAUACAACUAUUAGUGAAAGUAUCUCUGUUUACGACCAUCCAUAUUUGUUGACAUCCCGUGUAGCCUUCUUCGUAGGGACCCUUACAGCGCCCUCAGCGGUGUACUCGUCUUCUGGAGGGUUAACCAUCACCUACGACGAUGGAAACGAUCUGUUCAACGGGCCCGGAUAUCUAGCUGAAGCAAGCGUUCUAGAUGGCCUUCCCGCCAAUGAGACUGGAUUCUGCGGCGGAACUAUGACUUUUACUGCGGAUUCACCAGUAGUCACCUUUGCCACGCCUAUGUAUGAUGAUCCCUCUACUUCCGAUAUCAACAUGGACUGCACCAUGCACUUUGUUGCUCCAUCUGGCAGUCAUAUCCAGCUCAUCUUCUCCAACUUUGUUACAACAACCUCAGAAGAGCUUGUUGUCUAUGACCAUCCUUCGAGUCAAUCAGCAAAUGCCGAAACAUCGCACCUUUGGGGACCUUUGAACUCCAGAGUUGCCUUCUUCUCGAGUCAAGAAGGAUUAACUCUCAAUUACAUAGAUGGGAGUAACUCAUUCAAUGGACCCGGUUUUAAAGCCGAGGUUCGGCUUUUAGAUUGGAUGGAUGGGGACAUUGUACCCAACCAACGAGGAUUCUGCGGGGGAACAUUCGCCCUGUCUUCCUUCUUGCCAAAUGUGACAUUCUCCUCCCCGAUCAACAACAAUCCUUUUAGCAGUGCCUUCUCCAAAUGUGAAAUCCAUAUCACAAGUCCUAUUGGAAAACAAGUUCGGGUUAUUUUCUCUAAGAUAGAAACAGCGGAAAAUGAAUACGAACAUGUUCACUUCUACGACAAUCCUACAGCUGCGCUAAACUACGUGUUGAUGAGUGUUAAUGGUGUCAUUGAUGUCCCUUUAGUCGUGUACUCUUCGACAGGAGGACUCACAUUGCUCUACGAUGAUACACGUUAUCCAGACAACGGAAAAGGUUACUCUGCUGAAGCUCAGGUCCUGGAUACAUCUUCAUCUUUUGAACUGGGUUUCUGCGGAGGUGAAAUCGUAUUGACAGAAUCGAUGCCUCGCUUUAAUUUUACUACUCCGUUGUACAAGAUGUCUUCACUGGCUGAGGUCGAUAUUAGUUGCGUCCUUUCCAUUACGAGCGACUCAGGACAACAAGUUCGAUUCAGGGUGCAUAACUUUGACAGUCCUUUGGAUUCAUUGCAAUCCAACCAACAUGGAUUCUGUGGCGGUACGGCUGACCUAACUAUGUCGACACCGAAACUUUCACUUUCCUCUCCCCUUUACAACAACCCGUCAACAAAAAGUCUGCACGUCGAUUGUUCAUUUCACAUCAAAAGUCCAGCUGGGCAAAAAGUCCUUUUGACAUUCUUGGAUAUCGAGACAACGACCGAUGAAAGAAUAUCAGUAUAUGAUCACCCGACAGCCACUAGUUCCCGUAUCGCCUAUCUAUAUGGGACCGUCAGGACGCCAACAGUCCUGUAUUCAUCGGAUGUCGGAUUGACAGUAAUCUUGGAAGACCGCAGUGAUGCUUACAACGGACCUGGUUAUGCAGCUGAGGCUAGUAUUCUUGACUUGCCGGCUUACCAACCUGGCUUCUGCGGCGGUUCGAUGGUUCUCAAUUUUACCACGCCUCGUGUUGCUUUUUCAACUCCAGUCUACGACAACCCGUUUGUAGACAAUGUUGUUACACUCUGCAAGAUGUACAUAAAAGCACCAACCAACUAUCAGGUUAAGCUCACUUUAAAAGUCAUCGAAACCAGUAUGGACAAGCAGAUUACAGUCUACGAUCAUCCCUCAUCAACUUCAUCCAGUUACCAACUGUUUCAUUUCUACGGUAUCUUGAACGGGAGUGCCAUCAUCAUUUCUACGCGUGGGGGACUGACGUUGGACAUGCAAGACGUGACAAGUCAUUACAAUGGAAAAGGUUUCAGUGCAGAAGCUCGAAUAUACGACUUCGGUGGGAUCUCGUCCACGGAGCUCGGAUUCUGUGGAGGUACAAUUGAAUUGAGCGAUGAACUACGUUUCGUCAACAUAUCGUCCCCAUUCUUCGGGAAUCCGCUGACUGCUGCCGAUGCAUUCAUGGAGUGUAUAAUGCACAUAAAAGCGCCUUCUGAAAAGCAAGUGGCUCUAACUUUCCUAGUCUUUAAUACUACUAACAAUGAAAUGGUUAGGGUGUAUGACCAUCCUUCAUCGGCUUCUUACAUGGUUGGUAGUUUUCAAGGUGAUCUGCAAGAUGGAGAUGCAGUCAUUGUUUCUUCCCGAGAGGGCAUCACUAUUGUUUAUGAAGAUGACAGUGCUUCUCCGAAUGGACCAGGAUUCCUUGCUCAAGCACAGAUUCAAGGUGGGCACGGCUGUUGGUUCUAA